AUGUCUCGAUGCAAACAUGAGAUUAAUCAGUCGUUGGUCGGAAGUAAUUUGUUCAGUGAAGCGGUUAUCAAUCGUGAACAACACAAUAUUCGUACGCGCUUCGAAUCGCUUUGCAGGGACUUGGGUCAAAUGAUCAAAUGUAUUGAACCGGUGACGCGCACUGGUUGUGGAGAGGAUGCAGCUCGAAUGAUGCUUAAAUUUAUCACGGUAGGAUUUGCGAGUUUUGAGCAGUUGUACAGUCAGUUGGGGAUCAGUGAUCAGUUGCCUAAUUCUUGUCGGCAGUUAUUGACUUUGACGUUGUCAGGUCGCAGUACCGAACGACGCACUACAUCGCAAAGGUACUUACAACUAUCAACUGCAAGCACCACAACCUUUUCUCUUCUUUUACUCUUCCUUCAUGGUGUAUCGCUGAAACUAAUCUGA